GGAUACACGUACAACAUGACCAACAUGGACCCUGCCGUGCAUAAGCAGCACGUCCACGAGGACCACGCGCCCCUGACGAGGCGCAAGGACUGGGAGAGCCCGCCGUACAAAUACAUCUACAACUUCCCGCUUCCCAUCCCGCCCGUCAAGCGGCCGCUGCAGAUCGUCACCAACACGAGCACCGGGAGGCCGAUAUGGUACUACGAAGUCGAGAUCAAGCCCUUCAGCCAGCAGGUGUACCCCAACCUCGGCCCUGCCCGGAUGGUGGGAUACGACGGUAUAUCCCCCGGCCCUACCUUUAUAGUCCCCAGGGGUCAGGAGACCAUUGUCCGCUUCGUCAACAAUGCCCAGCUGCCGAACUCGGUCCACCUCCACGGCUCGUAUUCGCGGGCGCCCUUUGACGGCUGGGCCGAGGAUACGACCAACCCUGGACAAUAUAAGGAUUACUACUAUCCGAACUCGCAGGAGGGCCGGAUGAUGUGGUAUCACGACCACGCCGUCGCCAUCACGGCUGAAAACGCGUACUUUGGGCAAGCCGGCGCAUACAUCAUCGAGGAUCCUGCCGAGAGGGCACUUAAUCUCCCUUCGGGCUACGGCGAAUUCGACAUUCCUCUGAUCAUCACGUCCAAGCAGUACAACAACGACGGCACCUUGUUUUCGCCCGCCGGGGAGCGCGACAGCCUCUGGGGCGACGUCAUCCACGUCAACGGGCAGCCGUGGCCCUUCUUCAACGUGCAGCCUCGCAAGUACCGCCUGCGCUUCCUCGACGCCUCCGUCUCGCGCUCCUUCUCGCUCUUCUUUGCGAAGAGCACCGCGCUCAAGACCAAGCUCGACUUCCAGGUCAUCGCCUCUGACGCCGGGCUCCUCGAGACCCCCGUCACUUCCAACAGACUGUGGAUGUCUCUUGCGGAGCGCUGGGAGGUGGUCUUUGACUUUUCUCAAUAUGCCGGCCAGUCCAUCGAGCUGCGCAACGAGGAGGAUGUCGGCGACGUCGGCACCGACAAGGACUACAAGGAGACGGGCAAGAUCAUGAAGUUCAACGUGGCCAGCCGGUUGGCGAGCCCCGACACGUCGGUGGUGCCCGCGCGGCUCCGCGAGGUGGCCUUCCCGCCGUCGCGCAGCAUCGUCGACCACAGCUUCCGGUUCGAGCGCGGCGGCAGCGAGUGGCUGAUCAACGGCGUGGGCUUCGCCGACGUGGCCAACCGGGUGCUCGCGCGCCCGCAGCGCGGCACCGUCGAGGUGUGGGAGCUGAUCAACAACUCGGGCGGCUGGACGCACCCCAUCCACGUGCACCUGGUCGACUUCAAAAUCCUGCGCCGUGAGGGCGGCCGCGAGCGCGGCGUGCAGCCGUACGAGGCCGCGGGCCUCAAGGACGUCGUCUGGCUGGCCAAGAACGAGCGCGUCCUGAUCGAGGCGCACUACGAGCCCUGGGACGGCCUGUACAUGUUCCACUGCCACAACCUCAUCCACGAGGACCACGACAUGAUGGCCGCCUUCAACGUCACGUCCCUGCCCGACUUUGCCUUCGACAGGAACAGCAGCAACGCCCGCUUCCUCGACCCCAUGGACCCGCUCUGGAGGCCCAAGCCGUACCAGGUUGCCGACCUGCGCGCCCGCACCGGCCCCUUUUCGCCCGCCGCCAUCGAGCAGCGCGUCCAGUUCAUGGCUAGCUUCAACCCCUACCCGGACGUUGCCGCCGUCAACGCCGCACUGACCCUGUACCACGCCACCCGCACCGCCGGCGCCGCGCUGCCGCGGCGGACUGCUGCUGCUGCGCCCUCGUCGAUGCGCAUCGACCGCCGCAUUGUCGUUUGA